AUGAGAAAUCAGACAUCAUUAACUACAUUUAUACUUUUGGGACUUUCAGAUAAUCCUGAAAUGCAGACUCUGAUUUUUAUAUAUCUGUUUGUUAGCUACAUAUUGAGCAUGACUGGGAACCUGCUUAUCAUUAUACUGACUUUCCUGGACUCCCACCUUAAAACUGCCAUGUACUUUUUCCUCAAAAACUUCUCCUUUUUAGAGACUUUAUUCACCACAGUCUGUAUUCCCAGAUUCCUAUAUAGCUUGUCAACUGGGGACAAGACUAUUUCCUAUAAUGCUUGUGUUACUCAACUAUUUUUUGCCAUCUUGUUUGGGGCUACAGAAUUUUUUCUUCUGGCCAUUAUGUCAUAUGAUCGCUAUAUAGCUAUCUGCAAACCCUUACACUAUGUUUCCAUCAUGAGUAGCAGAGUCUGUGGGUGGCUUGUUAUCUGCUGUUGGAUAGCAGGUUUUUUGGUCAUAUUCCCACCACUUUGCCUGGGCUUAAAACUAGAAUUCUGUGACUGUAAUGUCAUUGAUCAUUUUGCCUGUGAUGCUUCUCCUUUGCUAAAGAUCUCUUGUUCAGACACAUGGUUGAUAGAGCAGAUGAGCAUUGCCCUCGCUGUGCUGACCACCAUUGUGACACUUCUGUGUGUAGUCCUGUCCUAUGUGUACAUCUUCAAGACCGUCAUGAAGUUCCCUUCUGCCCAGCAAAGAAUGAAGGCCUUUUCCACCUGUUCGUCUCAUAUGGUUGUGGUUUCCAUCACAUAUGGUAGUUGCAUUUUCAUCUAUAUCAAACCUUCAGCAAAAGAUGAAGUGGCAAUUAAUAAGGGCGUGUCAAUGCUUAAUACGUCAGUUGCCCCCUUGUUAAACCCAUUUAUUUAUACUCUGAGGAAUAAGCAAGUGAAACAAGCUUUCAAAGACUUAAUCAAAAGAAUGUCAUUGAUCUCAAAGAAGUAA